AUGUCUCAGGAGACCCCAGUAACAGUUCUAGUAAACUUUUGCUCCGCAAAAAAAACGCCGGCUCCAAAAUUUAACCUAAUUCGCGACGGGACGGGAACCAGGAACCCCAUCUUUAUAUAUGAAGUGCGUAUGACAGUAAACGAAAUUGAAGUAAGGGUUGUUGGAUCAGGGAAAUCCAAAAAAGAAGCCAAACAAGAGUCGGCAAGGUUGGCGCUUACAAAGCUAUCUGAAAUUAACUUAAUCGAGUCACCAGUUUUGGAGGAUAAGGAAACCGUUGAAGGGCAGCCAUCCACAACCAUCCCUGUAGCCGUAAGAAAGUUAAGUCAAUUUUGUGAUAAAAACGGUUUACCGAUACCCGUGUAUAAUUUAAUCGAAGAAACUGGACCAUCUCAUGCUAAACAAUACACUAUGGAGUGCACUGUUUCCACUUUUAAGGAAAGAGCAACUGCUUCCUCAAAACAAGCUGCCAAACAUGUUUCUUCCGAGGCGGUCUUUCUUAUUUUACAAAAGAUCGAUCUAGACAAGCAUAUUAAAAAGCAUGUUAAAGUAGAACCUAUUAAUGCAGCAAUGAUUCCUAAGAUAGAAAAAUUAAGGAAAGAAUCAUGUGCGCAAGAGAUCGAAAUGGAAUCAAUUGCGAACAAUUAUCACCCUUUCGCAAAAUGUGGCGAGAAGAAAUGCAAACUAGCUUUGUCCAUUUUGUAUAAUGAUUUAUUAACAGCCGAAGAAAAAAUGAAGGAGGCUCUCAACGCAUUAAAUGUGAACUACCAGUUAUCAGAAGAGUUAAUGACACUCUACAACGUCAUGGGGUAUACCUGGUCAACAACAUCUGGAACCGACCCCCAACUUACUCUUCAAGGUUUCUCGUGGUCACAGUUGUACGAAACUGUCAACGAAUAUAUGACAUGGUUUCUGAAGGAUUAA